AUGGCGGCAGAUUUGCACAGCGGAACAAGAUCCGUAAAUUCUCCGAGAAAAUUUGAAGUGGAAACGAAAUUCCUAGUGCCGCCUGACUUUAAGCAAACCCUCAAAACAAAUGGAGCAUGGUUAAAACGAGAGAUAGAAUUUACUGAUGUCUACUUUGAUACUCCAAACAACGAACUAACUUUUGCUGGUUUCUGGUUGAGGAAACGCGAUCAAAAAUUCGAACUGAAAAUUCAGAAACUGAAAGACUUCCAGGACGGGAUCGAAAACUACACUGAAAUUGAAGAUGAAAGGGAAAUUGUCAGCCAACUUUCUAGGCUGUUGAAAGCUUGUUUUGCAAACACAGACAGAGACUGCACUAUUGAAGAUUUCAUUCAAAGAACUUGUUGUAAACCGAUUGCGUCUUUUUCGACGGUUAGAACGAGUUACGAAAUGUCAAAUGGUGUAAUGGUUGACUUAGAUCAAGCUAGUUUUGGCUAUCAGGUCGGGGAAAUAGAGAUCCUUGUUUCAAGCUUUGAAGAAGUUGCUGUUGCUAAGGAAACUAUCCGGAAAACUGCAAAACUUCUCGGUAUGCAUUUUGCAAACUAACCUAAGCUUAUUGCUGGUUUGGACGUGACGUCACGGCAGCCAUGUUGGAUGUCAAGAACAAAAGCAUUUCUCUCCUCUGGGAACUUAACUCUAUUUUCUCGUAAAUUCUUCAAGAAAAAUUUUAUUGUAUUGUCAUCCAACAUGGCCGCCUUGCCAUGUGGUUGCAAACCAAGGAUUGUUAAAAUUAUUGUUGUGCUUAAAGAAACAGUUAGCCUGAGAAAACAGACAAAAUUUCGCGACACCACCACUGGUUUUCCUGCAAAGUGACGUCUGAGGAACAAUUGUGGAAAUUACUAAUGAUGUGUCACCACCAAGAUCUGGGUAAGGUCAAGCCAUGAGGGAAAUUUGCUUCUGCCAAUUAGCGGCACUACCCCGGCCAUAUCCAUGUUUUAAUAUUUUGAAUUGAAAAGAUACCCCAUAUUAACAAUAACUGAAUGCUAAUUCUAGUGUAUUUGUGUGACUACAAAAAAUGUUCACAAUAAUGUCANGAAAUUUGCUUCUGCCAAUUAGCGGCACUACCCCGGCCAUAUCCAUGUUUUAAUAUUUUGAAUUGAAAAGAUACCCCAUAUUAACAAUAACUGAAUGCUAAUUCUAGUGUAUUUGUGUGACUACAAAAAAUGUUCACAAUAAUGUCACAAAUUAUAGUGAGUUUAUGCAACAGGAAAGUAGAAUGAAGAGGACGGUAAGAUGUUAGCGUGUGACAAACAUGACAGCACUUUUACUUGUGAGUUCUGCCAUGAGCUUCACUUAACAAAACUGUUUUCUGUUUUUACAAAAUGAUCUAAUGAUCUGUUUAAAGGAAGGUGAAGUUCAGUAGAAAAUAUUUUCCAAUUUUCUCACACUAGGUUUGUCUUCUUCUUUCUUCUGUCAUCCUUUUGCAAAAGGUCACUAAUAUUGAUAUUGUCAUCUGGGUGCAAAGAAAGUCAGUUUACAGCUUGCCAUUCCGGCAAGCUUUAUUUAGCAUGUACUAGCCCAAAAGUCAUUUUAACUAGCCUGAUGAUGAGCAGCAUUGAUAACAGUUCUUUUGUGAUUAGAAUUCCUUAAAAAUUUCACUUGCCAGGCGGGCAAGUUAAGAACAGAAUUCACUUGCCCGAUGGUAAAAUCCACUAGCCUUGGGCUAUCGGACAUGACUUUCUUUGCACAUUGGUCGCGAUUGCAUACAUUAAUGGUGGUUUCCUUUUUCAGGUGUUGAAAGUGAAACUGCUAUUCCUGGGAAAAUGGAGGCAUAUCUCUCUCAGCAUUGUAGAAGUCAUUAUGAACAGCUUGUUGGAAAUGGAUGUUUUAUCAAUAGGGAGGUCUUAAACAAGUCUGGCUAA